UCCUUCUCUCUCUCCUUUUUCCCAGCUAGCCCGAACCGAUCGCACUCGAGCCCCUCCUGAGAGCCAGCUUCCUGGGGAGCCCCGCUUCUGCCCCUGCGGUGGGCUCCCCACCCGCCGGUGCCCCCGGAGCGGCCGGGACUUCCAGGCUCUUUGAGAGAAGGGGAGCCGGAGGCGGGAGCGAGCCCUUCCAGCCGGGGACUGAGCCGCCUGAGACAGAGGCACCGCUCGAGCUGAGCUGCGAAGGAAGGGAGGCUUUCAACAGGCAGAGCCUCCAGCCUGCCUGCCAUCCUCGAGGGAUAAGGAGCGAGGAGGAGGAAGAAGAGGAGGAGGAGGGCGUCUUUUUUCCUGGGCGUUAAGAGACGAGCGAAGCCGAGCGGCCAGCGGGGCAUCAACAGGGUCCCUCCCGCCGGCCACGCGGGGCUCGGCCGGGGUCCCGGUGGCGCGGACCUCCCCCCCUCGCCGGCUAAUUGCCCCCCAGGGGAAGAACAGCUGCUCCCCAGCUGUCAGUGGCUCCUUCUUCAUUUUUACCACUUUCCCCCUACAUUUGGCAGUGUGUGUCUUCCCUGCAUUCUUCAGUUGGUGCCGUUCUAAUGAGAAAGCAAGAAAUCGAUGUGAGCCAGCGUUCCAGUUAGAGCUGGUCUCCAUGGUAAACUGCUCUACUGUACCAGAAGAGAAAAAGGCAAGUUAAAGCUGUUAAGCGAGGAGAGCAUAUGUGGGCUGCUGCUUUUUCCCUCGAUAACUGAUGCGCCGUGACCACGGUGUCGAUUGAAUUCAUCUCGGAGACUCGCCCGGGCCCCGGGGGCUUCGCCUCGGCGAGAGACCCCUCUCGGGAAAGGGGGCCAUCGGAAGAGGUAAAGGCCGUUUCCCACGCGCGAAUGACUCUCCCCACACAUUUGUUCAGGCCUGCCCCAUAAACGCUCCACUCCCCUUCGCACCUCAGCUGAAAAUUGGCAUGGAAAAGGCAUCCUCUGGCAUCUGAGGUCAUCCACAGAGCCCUUCGUCAGACCCCGAUCUCGGUGGAGGCACGGGAGAUAAGACCCGGCAACCAUGUCUCUGUCCCAGGAACUCGGUAAUUCCACCCGUCUCUCCGGAGACCCCGGCAACGGCGGCCGUGGCGGCGGAGGGAACGGCAGCCUCGGCGGCGGCGGCGCCAACGGCAGCGCCGACGGCGGCAACGGCACCGCCGGCGGCGAGGGGCACUCCAUGAUCGGCCUCUUCCACUGCAUAGUCCGAAUCUCCCUCCUGUCCUCCUUCGUCUGCGUCUCCCUCCUGGGUAACACCCUGCUGCUGAUGGUGUUCCAUCGGAAGCCUCAGCUGCUGCAGGUCGCCAACCGCUUCAUCCUCAACCUCCUCAUCUCGGAUCUGCUCCAGACGGCCGUGGUCAUGCCCUGGGUGGUGGCGGGCUCCCUGCCUUCCUUCUGGCCCCUGAGUGAAAACGCGUGCACGAUCAUGAUCACCCUGAUGCAUCUCUUCGCCUACACCUCUAUCAACACCAUCAUCGUGGUGUCCAUCGACCGGUACCUGUCCAUCAUCUAUCCUCUGUCCUACCCCAACAAGAUGACCACCCUGUGGGGAGGGAUGUUCAUCCUCAGCACCUGGGUCUUCAGUCUGAUCCAGAGCGCCCCCCCUGCCAUCGGAUGGGGGGAGAUCGCCUUCGACAAGGACAGCUCUCUCUGCGUGGUCCUCUGGAACACGAGCCCCUCUUACACCGCCCUCAACAUCCUGCUGUCCUUCAUCGGCCCGGUGGCCAUCCUGGUGGGGUGCUACGGGAUGGUGUUCCAGGCGGCCCGGAGGCAGAACGCCCUGGUGCAUCCCGUGAGGCCCCGGGGCUUUCAGGAAAUGUUGGAGGAGAGCAACUUGGGCGGAGAGGAGCCUAGCGAGGAAGAGGAGGAAGACGGCGACGCCAUCAUCCCGAUCCCUCGCACGUUCCAGGCCAGCCCCAAGAGGUGCUCCGCCAAGCCCAAGCCUUACCACUGCAAGGCCGCCCGGGUGAUCUUCGUCAUCAUCGCCUCCUUCAUCCUGUGCGUCGGACCUUACUGUUUCCUGGCCGCCGUGUCGGCCGCGGUGGGAGCGGCCCCUCCUUGGGUCAACUCCUGUAUAUUCCUGCUCUUCUUCCUGCAGUGCUGCCUCCAUCCUUACACCUAUGGUUACAUGCACAAAAGCAUCAAGAAGGAGCUCACCGUAGCCUUGCUCGGGCUCUUCUGCAAGAAGCCGCCCCGGGGACAGGACUCCAGCACCGAAAACAACUUUGCCAUGACCAUGACCAUGACCGAGAGCAGGGCCUUCCCUUCCCACUUCUCUCUGACCUCGGCCUGGAAGUCCUAGAUUUCCGGCCGUCACCGGAACUGGGUCCCGGUCCGGCUGGACGCGGGCAAAGACGAUCACGGACAAUUCGUUACCUCUGUACAGUUAAUUAGUAGAGUAAGAAUGGAGGAGGCCGGGGGGUGGACAACUCGGACGCUGUGAGAAAAGAACUUUGGGAUUCUGAGCGGGACUUUCUCCACCCCCCCAUCCCCAACUCCUCCAACCUUCACCCCCACCUCCAAGAUAUUUAAACACCAAAUCAUUAGAUUUAGAUCAUCAGAGACUGAUUCCAUCUCGGAACUGUGCUCAGUAUCGUUGCCCACUCCCGGAGUUACGUCGUGUCUGCUCGGGUUCCCUUAGAGGAACUUGGGAUGGAACGCGAGGACUUUGAGUAGCCGGGACCCCGGUGGGCAUUCAAUGGCUACGUGCUGCCGGAGAAACCAGAGGUCAGAUUCCUCACUAGUCCGGGUGAACUUUUCUUUCCAGGGCUUUUGAAAUCGGCCCAAAGGGCCAACCGUGGAAGAAGGCCACUGAGUCACGACUCAGUGUGGGGAUGGCAUCCGGGGAAGGUUUCAGGAAGCUCUGGCAACAUCCGACAGAGUGGACAAAGAUCCCAGGACAUACCUGAAAUGGGAGGCUUGUCCACCAAAAACGGGGAGGGAGGGAAGCACAACCAUCAGAUCUCAUUUCACGUUGUCUUGUUUUUGUGGAAUGGGUAAGGCUUUAAGGUCGUGCCCUAAAAAAUAGGAAAUCUGGAGACAUCCCCCAGGGGGUUUUCUUGACUAAUAUCUCCUAUUUCCUAUUUCAAUGAGGUCGGAAAGAAAAACGCUUCAGUGUUUCUCCUUUUUGACUUCAUUUAGUGAACUUAGAGAUACAAAAAAACUGAAUUUUAAAAUAAGCCUAAGUUAAACCUUCUCUGCCGGUCCCUUCUGUUUCAGAAAACAGGCACUUCUACUAACGCGGCCCCUGACGUGAACU